AUGUAUACCACCCCAGCCCCACCAGACGUCACCAGAAGGAACUCCCAGCCCAGCACUUUGCAGAGGACUCUUGGCGGCCUGGAAGGAAAGAGAGGCCAGACCACCAGCAUCUUCCCUGGCUUUCUGGCACUCCUGGUCAUCCUCCUGGUCAUCAUGGCGGCCUGCAUCCUGUGGCGCUGGAACAAACGGAAGAAGCGUGAAGUGCCUUACUUCCAGGUAGCUCCGUCGCUGACUCUGCCUCCACCCAGACAGAGAGCCAAAAAUAUUUAUGACUUCUUGCCCCAUCAGCAGGCACAGUUGGGGAGACAUCAGUCGAAUGGCUUCAGUACUGAGAGCCUCCUCUCCAGAGAUUCUGACAGCCCUGAGCAUGAGGCCUCUCAGGCACUCAGCUCCCUUCAGAUACACAGAGCCUCUGUUCAUGCUGUGGCAUACACAGUAGGCAUCUAUGACAAUGGCACAGUGCCCCAGAUGUGCGGGGACCUUGCCCCCUCAGCACCUUACAACAGUGUCGGAACCUCCAGAAAUAACUCCAGCAUAUCUUCCAGGGAGUCAAACGAUUAUGUCAAUGUCCCUACAGCAGAGGAGAGCAGUGAGGCUCUAACUGCUCCCAAAAGCACUCCUGAGAGUCACCUUGGUCUUCCCAGUGCCCAGAAGCUGGAGUUUGCUGAAGCAGGGCAUGCAGGCUCUGGGGCUGCCUCUGACCACACUGCUCUGUGGGCUCCAGGAAGUAAGCGCAGUGAUUCCCUCAGUGAUGGAGAAGCUUCAUCUCAGACUUCAAAUGACUACGUCAAUAUGACGGCUUUGGAUCUAGAGGACAUUCAAGAGUAUCAGCCCAGCGUGGCUCUUCAGUGCUGCAGGGAUUAUGAAAAUGUCCCAUCAGCAGAUCCCAACGGAAGCCAGCCGCAGACUUGGGAAGAAGUGACAUCUUCCAAUACGGAUCAUGGGGACCCCGUCUGGAGAGCCCUGUCCUCCGUGUAUUAUAUGGCGUUCCAGCCAUCUACACAGAGCGAGGAGAGUGAAGCGGCACAGGCAGAAGAGCAGUCAAGUGAAGACUCUAACGACUACGAGAAUGUGCUACCUGCCAACUUAGAAGGCAGGGACUGUGAACAGGGGCCUGGUGCUUGGCAUCAUUCUGAUGAGGGAACACAAAGCUACCUAGCUGGGAAGCCUGAUGGGGUGGACUACCCUGCUGGGUCUUUAGCCACUGAUCUCUCUAGUGAAGAAGCCUAG